AUGAGAAGAAAGGCAAACAAGUGGAAAGAGAUCGAAGAUAUUCACGAUUCCGAAAAGACGCCCGAAUGGAUUGCUCCUCCAAAUAUCUUGAUGAUGCAGGGCUUCGAAUGGCACGUCCCUGCUGAUCAUCGUCACUGGAAACGUUUGCGAAUGGCAAUGGCUAGUCUCAGAGAUGUUGGAGUAGACAACAUCUGGAUCCCUCCAGGUUGCAAGGCGAUGGAUCCUUCUGGGGUGGGCUAUGACAUAUACGAUCUGUGGGAUCUCGGAGAAUUUCACCAAAAGGGGUCGCGGCCAACGCGUUGGGGCUCAAAGGAGGAUUUGCAUGAGAUGAUGCAGGCUGCACAGGAUGUCGGUAUUGGAAUCUAUUGGGAUACAGUCUUGAACCACAAGGCUGGGGCGGACAAGACUGAGAGUUUCCAAGCCAUCAAAGUUGACCCUGAGAAUCGAAAUCUUGAGACUUCAAAGCCGGAGACUAUCUCUGGAUGGGUUGGGUUUGACUUUGCUGGCCGUGCAGGGAAGUAUAGCACUAUGACAUAUCACUAUCAGCAUUUCAACGGCGUCGAUUGGGAUGAUAUACAUAAGGAGAAUGCAAUCUAUAAGAUUCAUGGACCCCGGAAAGGAUGGGCCAAGGAUGUGAGCGACGAGCAUGGUAACUAUGACUAUUUGAUGUUUGCCAACUUGGAUCACACCAACCCGGAAGUCCGAGCCGAUAUCUUUAAAUGGUCGGAAUGGCUUGGAACUGAGUUGCCAAUCAGCGGUAUGCGAAUUGAUGCUGCUAAACAUUACUCGGCGGCCUUCCAGAGAGCCUUUGUCACUCAUCUGAGGAACACGGUUGGUGCAGACUAUUUCCUGAUUGGGGAAUACUGGCGUGGCGACGUAAAUCUUCUCUUGAAGUACCUGAAAGUCAUGGACUACCAACUUUCCCUAUUUGAUGCACCACUUUUAGGGCGCUUUGCAGUCACCUCGCAGACUGAAGGGGCAGACUUGCGGAAGACUUUUGUGGGAAAUCAUGAUACGCAACCUGGCCAAUCACUAGAGACGAACAUUAUACCUUUUUUCAAGCCAAUUGCAUAUGCGUUGAUCCUUCUUCGCAGUCAAGGUCAACCAUGCGUUUUCUAUGGAGACAUGUAUGGUCUUAAGGGUGGCUCAGCAUCUCUGGCUCGACCCUCUUGCAAUGGCAAGUUACCAAUUCUGAUGCGAGCUCGGAAACUUUACGCUUAUGGUGAGCAGCGUGAUUAUUUCGACAAAAAGAACUGCAUAGGCUUUGUUCGAUACGGAACUGUUCAUUACCCUUCAGGUCUCGCCUGCAUCAUAAGCAACACCACAGCAACAUACAAGCGUAUGUACGUUGGUGCUAGGCAUGCUGGAGAGGAAUGGACCGAUAUACUUGACUGGUGUGUUGAAACUGUUAUCAUUGAUCAUCGUGGAUACGGUGUUUUUCCAGUUACUGCAAAGAGUGUCAGUGUUUGGGUUCAUGAUAAGGCAAAGGGAAGAAAAAGUCUCGAUCGUCCUUUCGAUACUGAUAUUUACCGAUUUUGA